CCCGCCGCCGGGCGAGCGCCUCAGCGCCAUCAGCGCCCGCGGCGGCGCUCCGCGUGACGUCGCGCCGGGAGGAGGCGGCGAUUGGCCGGCGCGGCCCGGCGGCGAUACGUGUCUGGCGGCGAUUGGCCGAUGGCGGAGCCGCGGCGCGUGCGGCGGUACCGUUUCCAGGACGGCGCGGCGGCGCUGGCCGUGCGCGUGCCCGAGGUACCGCGGGCAGCCGGGGCGCCGGGAGCAGCGGGAGCUCCCGGGACCCCGGCACAGCGCCUCGCUCCGUGCCUUGCAGGUGCUGGACUCGCAGUACGGCACGUACGUGUGGCCCUGCGCCGUGGUCCUGGCCCAAUACCUGUGGGCGCACAGGCGGAGCCUGCCCGGCAAGCGAGUGCUGGAGGUACCGCCCGCUCCCCGCCCGGUUCCGCUCCCGUGAGCCGCGGUCAGGCUCCGCCCGCGGGCUGCAGUAUCGCGCUGUGGUUUCAGAUCGGUGCCGGUGUGAGUCUCCCCGGCGUGGUGGCCGCGCGGUGCGGGGCCCGGGUGACGCUGUCGGACAGCGAGGAGCUGCCCCGGUGCCUGCAGAGCUGCCGCAGCAGCUGCCUCCUGAACCGCCUGCCCCGCGUGCCCGUGCUCGGCCUCACCUGGGGCCGCGUGUCGCCAGAGCUGCUCGCUCUUGCGCCCAUAGACAUCGUUCUAGGCUCAGAUGUGUUUUUUGACCCCAAAGACUUUGAAGAUAUUUUAACUACAAUUUACUUCUUGUUGGAGAAGAACCCACAUGCUCAAUUCUGGACAACAUACCAAGUCCGAAGUGCUGACUGGUCUAUCGAGGCUCUGCUCCACAAAUGGAACCUGAAGAGCAUCCACGUUCCCCUGCACUCCUUUGGUGCAGACAAAGAGCACUUGGCCAGCUCCUCUAUGCCAGGAAGACACACAAUUGAAAUGAUGAUCAUCUCACUAGCACGGUCAGAGGGCACGUCACUUUAUUCCACUUUAGAGUUCAGUACAAGGUGAUACUCAGCUGGUCACUGUAGCACAGAGCUGCAGAGAACAGUCCUGGUUACAGCAAACCUCAUGGGUAUUUUGGGGAAGCAGCAAUUCCUAAAACAUGCAUUGUAAAAAUAAAGCUGUUUGGUUUUCCA